ACGAUGAUCUAAUUCUGAACCGUUGUCAAUCUCAUUUCUUUUCCACAUCGCAGCCUCUGCUAACUGGCUCUAAGUUAUCACAGAAGCUCCUUUGUCCAUGAGCGUCACCGUCGUUCUUGGUGCGCAAUGGGGAGAUGAAGGCAAAGGCAAGCUGGUCGAUAUCUUAUCGGCUGACUUCGACAUUUGCGCGCGGUGUGCUGGAGGUAAUAAUGCUGGACAUACAAUCGUUGUGCCUGUUGGACCUGAAAAGGUGAAGACUACCUUCGCUUUCCAUCUUCUUCCGAGCGGCCUUAUAAACCCAACAUGUGUGGGCCUGAUUGGUUCUGGAGUUGUGGUCCAUGUACCUUCCUUUUUUAAUGAACUCGAUGCCCUGGAACAGCAAGGCUUGAAUUGUUCGGACAGAAUAUUUCUUUCAGAUAGAGCUCAUCUUGUGUUCGACUUCCACCAGAUUGUGGAUGGCCUGAAGGAGGUGGAGCUCGGUGGGUCCAGCAUCGGAACCACGAAAAAAGGGAUAGGCCCGGCUUACUCUGGGAAAGCAUCUCGUUCUGGCCUCCGAGUGCAUCACCUUUUCGAUCAUGAUACCUUUGCGCAAAAGUUUCGCAAGAUCGUGGAGGGUCGUUUCAAGCGCUACGGCCAUUUCGAAUAUGACACAGAGGGCGAGAUUGAGCGCUAUAAGGUUCUCGCACAACGACUAAAGCCUUUCGUUGUCGAUAGCGUAGCAUAUAUUCAUGGUGCACUGGCAGCGCACAAGAAGGUCCUCGUUGAAGGUGCAAAUGCUCUCAUGCUUGACUUGGAUUUCGGCACGUAUCCCUAUGUGACCUCAUCGUCCACCACAAUUGGUGGUGUAUGCACUGGUCUUGGCAUACCCCCCAAAGCGAUCGGGCACACCAUUGGAGUUAUCAAAGCAUAUACCACUCGUGUUGGAGGAGGACCAUUUCCAACUGAGCAGCUUAAUGACAUUGGCGUUCACUUCCAAGAAGUUGGAAAGGAGUAUGGCACUACCACAGGUCGGAGGAGACGUUGCGGCUGGCUGGACCUUGUCGUCAUGAAACAUUCAUGCCUGAUAAAUGGCUAUGAUUCGCUCAACCUGACGAAGCUCGAUAUCUUGGACGAACUUGAGGACAUCAAGAUUGCGGUCAAGUACAUGAUCGAUGGCAAGGACAUACAAUAUUUCCCAGCCGACCUUGACGUUCUGGCCAAAGUUGAAGUGGUUUAUGUAACACUUCCUGGAUGGAAGACGGAAAUAAGCUCGAUAACAUCAUUUGAUGACCUCCCAGACAACUGCAAGAGUUACAUAGGAUUCAUCGAGAAUUUCUUGGGUACGCCCAUAGAGUGGAUAGGUGUCGGACCAGGACGUGAAAGCAUGCUGAAGAAGACGGGCAGAAUAUUAGUGUCGAAUUAGCCUUCGAUUAGCCCGCAGAACGAAGUAUUAGAUUAUUUAAGCAACUUAUUCUCACGCAUGCUGUUGAAUGACAUGUGAGUGUAACCUU